AUGUGCAACGCGGAGUUAAGUGGUGACAACAAAAAAGCCAUUCUUCAUUCACCUUCAAUAUCGUCAUUUUCGAGCUCCAGUUUCACAAAUACUUCUUAUACGUUAUACCCCUUGAGCGAACCCAAAGUUGAUCAAGCCUUAGAAUACGAGGAACUAGGGUUUAAAUGCUGGAGGAAAGAUGAGAUCGAGGUUUUACAACUUCAAGGGGAUGAGAUAUCCAUCAGCCGGCUUUGCAGAUUUGGUUUGUACAACGAUGAUUUUGCCGACAUGAUGGGGUUACCAAAGGUCUCUCCUCAGACUCAAGAUAGUCUCACCUUCUCAAUGGAUUGGGAUUUGGAUCUUCCCCAAUGGCUCAGAGAUGGGCCCAAGGCAGUCGCAUCUACGCUUUCAGAAAAGAGCCAUAGCAAAUUCAAACGCAUUGGUUUUGAAGAGAUUGUACGAUUUGCCUAUGGGCUCUACUCUGGCGCAGUUGCGCACUUUCUUUGGCAAUAUGAACUCCUCUGUGUGAUACUGUACUGGAAGUUUGGCAGAAACGACGGACACAGGAGGUUUCUACUCCAGCUGAGGGAAUGCCUAGAGGAAACCAAGGCCGAUCCCUUCUUGUACGCAGCAACAGCAACCGCUUGGGAAAUCGAUAGCACUGCGCAGACCAAGACCGUGUGCAUUAGGCUGGAAACAGCCUUGAACUUAAUCGCCAGCCCAUUGCGACAAACCCUUAAAAAGCCUGAUUCGGCCCAAGUUAUUCUCCGAGAAUUGGAAGACUCAAUGCUUCGGUUUUACGGCCACUUCUAUGCAGCAAAGGUUGACUGGGAUGUGCCCUUCGAUGAUCGCACCAAAGCCCUGGGGCGUUUGAAACACAUCGGAGUGUUCGCACUGGGGCAAGUUCUGUCAGGAGAGGACUAUGCUUUCUAUAAGCAGCUCGGUACCCAAUCCGCAAAAUUAGAUCACCAGGAGUUGUGUAGUAUUAAUAACCGCUGGAACCGACUCUGUCACUCGGUUAAGGAAUAUAUCGAUACUGGUAUCGUCAGUGACCUGGAGAUGAACUCACUUGCCCAGGAGUUCCACCAUCAUCGCAACUUCUUUUCUUUUACUGCUGUUAUCAUAGGGAUGAAAGCGAGCCAGUCCCGGGCCGAUGCCGAGCAGCAGCAUUCCUACCUUCUUGAUCCUUCAAGGGAUUAUGAUCUUGUUGCAAGCCUCAGGUAUAUGUCUGAACUUUGUCCGGUAAAUGGUUUUGCAUCAUUGGAUGAAACGAAGGGACCUCAUCCUUCAAGCACUGGUAACGCAUUCGAGGAUACGGGGAUUAUGAGCUCCAUGAGAGAUCUGGUCCGUCAGAUAUUUCUUGGAGAUUCUGUAUUCGGCUGCUUUGGGCGUUAA